AGGGCAGGGAUCGGGAUGCGGGCAGGGCAGGGGUCGGGGCGCUCUGAGCCCGCUGCGGGGGGCCUCGGGACCCCCGGGAGAUGCCCCUUCCCGCCGUGGGGACAGCGGGGACGGCGGUCUCCGGGGCGGGUGUCGCUGCCGCCAUUGGCGCUAUCGGGGCCGUGGUUUCCUGCCGAAAUCACAUGGCUCCCGCGUUUCCAUGGAGAGAGCCGGGGUGGGCGCUGCCAAGAGCCUGCACGAACUCCCCGCUUGCUCCCGUCCAUGGGAGUGGAACAAAGGGGAUGCACCGAGCCAGGCCCGCUCUCGCUCCGCGCCUCGCCCCUCGCCUCUCCCGGGACAUGGAGACCCUCCAGGUCGCACUCAACAAUGUCACUGUCUGUGCGCCCGCAGCGCCGAGUCCUCGUCACCAAGAUCAAUAGGAGCCAGUCCUUCGCCGGAGUGAACUCAACGGCCGACCGGCCCUUCAGGAAUCUCUCGCCCUUCACCCCCACUGUUUCCCGCAAGACUGGCUCCAGGGUCAGUAGGAUGUUCUCAAUGUCCCACAAAUCCCCACCACCCAAGGUGCCUCAGCCCAACCGCCUGGACGAGGUGUAUGAAGCUCUCAAGAAGGGCCUGACAGCCUACCUGGAGGUGCACCAGCUGGAACUGGAGAAGCUUAGCACCCAGAUCCGUGAAUCCAAGAGGAAUUCACGCUUGGGCUUUCUCUACGAUCUGGAUAAGCAAGUGAAGUCGAUUGAGCGCUUCCUGCGUCGCCUGGAGUUUCAUGCUAGCAAGAUAGAUGAGCUCUAUGAGGCUUAUUGCAUCCAGCGGCGGCUCCGUGAUGGAGCGCACAACAUGGUGAAGGCUUACAGCACGGGCUCUCCAGGCAGCCGGGAGGCACGCGAGAGCCUCGCUGAGGCCAGCAAAGGCUACAAGGAGUACACGGAGAACAUGUGCCUGUUGGAGAACGAGCUGGAGAGCCAGCUGGGCGAGUUCCACGUCCGCAUGAAAGGACUGGCAGGCUUUGCCCGGCUCUGUGCUGGUGACCAAUAUGAGAUCUUCAUGAAGUAUGGAAGGCAGCGGUGGAAGCUGCGAGGGCGCAUCGAGGUGAACAGCAAGCAGGUGUGGGACAGCGAGGAAAUGGUUUUCUUGCCCCUCGUCACUGAGUUCCUCUCCAUCAAGGUGACAGAGCUAAAGAGCCUGGCUAACCAUGUUGUGGUAGGCAAUGUGUCCUGUGAGACCAAGGACCUCUUUGCAGCUCUGCCCCAGGUAGUGGCUGUGGAUAUCAACGACUUGGGCACCCUCAAACUCAGCCUGGAGGUGACCUGGAACCCUUUCGACAAGGACGACCAACCCUCCGCAGCCAGCACCGUCAACAAGGCCUCCACGGUGAACAAGAGGUUCUCUACCUACAACCAGAGCCCGCCCGACACGCCAUCCCUGCGGGAACAGGCUUUCUAUAGCCCGGAGCGGGCAGCCGACAAACAUGGCUGGUCCUUGCUGGACAUCUUUCGGGAGACACUCUUCAGGAAGCUGUCUCAGAGCUGCUCCUGCAGCGAUGUCUCCUCGGCUGAGCUUGGGAGAUGGCCGCAGCAGGGCCGCAAUAUGCUGCGGCGCCAGGAGGAGCUGGAGAACGGCACAGCCUGGUCCAUCUCCUCUGAGUCCUCGGAUGACUCCUCCAGCCCCCAGCUCUCCGGCAGCGCCCGCCAUGCUGCACAUAGGCCCAUUGUGCAGCCCGAGGUGCAGGCUUCCGCUCCCGCCAUCGAGAUCUCCUUCUCCCAGCAGCCGGAGGAGGCCGGGGCUGGGCCCGGGGCCAGCAGCAUCGGUGCCGUCCCUGCCGGGAUUCAGCCCGAGGAGCCGGGAAGCCGUAAGAAGGAUGCGGUGGCCAAUGGGCACGUGCCCUACUCCCGGACUCUGAGCCACAUCAGCGAGGCCAGCGUGGAUGCCACGAUGGAGGCCAAGGCUGCAGAGAACUCUUGGGAGCUGGCGCCCAGCCUGGAUGACACGGGGAUGGGCGAGCAGGACACAGACCCCCUCCCCGGCGCCUCGGCAGCAGCCACUGCAGCAGGGCAGGACAGUGGCAGCGAGGCCAAGCCCCGCGCUGCCGCGGCGUGGACCACCGGCUGUGCCGUGGAGCCCAGCGGGGCUGAGCCGGCGCAGAGUCAGGCGCCAGCACACGGUGGGCACAGCACCGAGGUCACCGCAGCGCCAGCACAAGCCCCCACGGAGGAGAAACCCAGCCCGGCCCCACCACUGCUUGCCAGCGUCACCGAGGUGCCGCGGGGAAAGGCAGUGGAUUCGGGUCUGGAGGAGGCCAUCAGCCUCCUGGGCUCGGCUCUGGAUGACUACCGGGGGCAGUUCCCAGAGCUGCAGCCCCUCGAGCGGGAGCUCAAGCGACUAGAGGAGAUAUUGCUGCAGAAGCAAGGAGUCUUCCUCAGCCGGGCCUCCAGCAUCAGCCUGACAGUGGAGCAUGCCCUGGAGAGUUUCAGCUUCCUCAACACCUCUGACAUGGAGGACUCGGAGGGCUCUGAGGAAGAGCCUCUCCAAGACGAGAGGAGGGCUGGCAGACCCCAGUGCGGCAGCAGAGCCCCCAACGCUGGCGAGAUGGGGGCAGAUGACACUGGCAUGUGCAGUGGCUCUGAGGCCAGCACCGACCCCAUGAGUACUGGCAACGAGUUCCUGGAUAAAGCCCUGGUGCUCCACCUCAACAACUGCAACCGCCUGCUGCUGAAGCUGGGCACCUUCGGUCCCCUGCGGUGCCAGGAGACAUAUGCCCUGGACAGGCUGAUGCGGGAGGCACAGGUGCUGGAGAUCGUGUGCCAGCUGACAGAGGAGCGAGCAGGAGCAGCUGGCUCUGCUGCUGAAGUGGUGCAGUUCUCAACGCGGAAAGAGGGUGUGCUUCCCCUUUGGGACUGCUGCGUGGAGCUGCCCAAUGUCUACACCUGCCCUGUUGAGCGGUUCCUGCAGGUGCUCAGUGCCCAGUAUGCGGUGCCCAUCAGCGAGCGGCAUCCUGGCCUGGCUGACACUGUAUGUGUGAAACUGGUGGAGGACAUGCUGAAUCGGCGGCUGCCCCGGCGGCCCGGCAGCACCCAGGCCGAGCAAGUCACUAUCUUCCAGUACUGGAGCCACUUUGAGUCGCUCGGUGCGCUGGUGCUUGACACCUAUAUGAUGGAGCUGGCAGAGGAAGCACUGCUGGCACAGAACCUCAACUCAGACGACCAAGAUGUGGUCCUGCGUGCCCUGAAGCGCAUGCCCGAGGGCCGCCUGAAGAAAGAGGGACUGAAGGCGUUGAGCCUGCUCCUCGUGGAGGGCAACAGCAAGGUGGUGAGCGCUGUGUCAGCCCAGCUCCGCAGCCUGGCAGAAAACCCUCGCUUCCGCCAACGGGCUCUUGUGUGCUUCCUGGAGCAGCUGGAGGAUGAGGAGGUGCAGACACGUGUGGCCGGGUGUGCGGCGUUGGGCUGCCUGAAGGCCAAGGAGAGCAUCGAGCAGCUGAUUUACCUGUGCCAAACUGACAAGGAGCCUGUGCGGGAGGCAGCCAAGCAGAGCCUGAUGCUGUGCGGAGAAGAUGGUAAAUCAGCUCACCGGCGGCUGGAGGAGACCCUGGACAGCCUCCCGAGGAUCUUUGCACCAGCCAGCAUGGCCAGUACAGCUUUCUGAGCCUCCAAGCCAACCCACCUGCCAUCCCUUCAGGGCAAAGGCACCGCUGGGCCACCUGGGUUUGCACGGCCUGGGGCUGGCCAGGCCCCAGCAGCUCCCGCUCGCUCUUGGCAGCACACCGCACCGCAGUAUUACCCCCGUGGGGCAGCUCGCCGCGGCCACACACUGCCUUAUGGAGCACUGCUUCCCCCGGCCCCACGGGUGCCACGUACACACCCCGGGGCAGAGGGGCUCGCUGCACAUCCCACCUUCUGAUUGCUAUUUAAAGUACCCGGGGAGCCCACCCUGUCUGCCCUCCGCGUCGGCUACAGCUGCUGGGACCGGAGCGGCAGGGACACGCGCCGGAUUUCUCUGCCUCCUCUUGCCUUCCUCUUGCUCGAGGGCAGCUGCCCUGUCCCAGAAGGACCUGCACUUUGGAAACCACAGUGUUGCUUUCCAGGAGUUGCCUGGGCCGUGGGAACUGCUGCCCUUUGCCACCUGGACUCCACAGGACUUAAAUAAAAUGAAAUAUGAGAUAUUAAUAUAUUCUGCUGGCGUUUCUUCUUUCCAGCUCCACAUGCUCCUGUCCCUCCCCGGCUUUGGCUGUAGGGAGCAUAGCAAGUGUGGCCCCAGCCCAGAGCCUUUCCCGGUCUGUUGAGAAGCGCCGUGGAGGGCAGGGGCAGGAGGAGCAACACAGGGACUGACAGAUGGACGGACAGAAGCUGCCACCUUUUUUUGUUGUUGGUUUAUUUUAUUUUUUAUUUACAGAUUUUUGAAAAGCAAAAAAAUCUUUUCUAUAAUGUCUCUAUAAAUCUAUAUAUAAUGUAAUUACAGAGAAUGACUAAUUUUGAUUUUAAACCAGAAAUAAAGCCAAACCUUUAAUGAGUGCCGGUGUCACUGUGCAGGUGUUUCUUUGGCCCCACUGCCCAGCAGCAGGGUAAGCUGGUGGGGGAUAGCGUAGCAGGCUGGAGGGUGGGUGGGGGGGUCUCACGGGGCAGCAUCGUGAUUUCUAGCAUGGUCUUUGUGCAGCCCUGCCCUGCACCUUGGCCAGCAGCAGCCUCCAGCCUGAGCCAGCACAGCCAGGUGCCUCUCGUGGCUGAAGCUUCCACCUUCCCUGAGCUUUGCAAGAGUUGCUGAGAUGCUGAAGGAUUUUGGCUGCUGGACAUGGGAAACGUCACCCAAGCAGGCACAAGGUGGCCACACUGAGGCUGCACAAUGGGGGCACCCAGCCGAGGGUGGGUCCCACUGAAACCAGGGCUGCCCUGGAACAGCUCUGGUUUCUACUGUGGUAGCAGUGCGCCACAGUGCCUGACUGCAAGCACAAGUCCAGGGAGCUGGGAACAGAGCUCACCCAGCUCAAUUGUUUUUUGGCAUCUCUUAGGUUGGGUCUAAUCACUAAGCGACAUCAGUUCAAAGACUCACAGAACAACUGAGGUGGAAAGGAACAUUUGGAAACGUCUGUCUAUUCCCUGUAGCCCCAAACAGGGUCAGGUAUAGCUCAGGACCACAUCUGGUUGAAUUUAAGUAUCUCCAAGGAUGGAGACGCCAGAACUUUUCUGGCCAGCCAGAAAAGUUGACUAGUGCUUGACCAUGCUCAUGAAAAAAGCUGUUCUGAAGUUCAGCCUGAAUCCCUGUACUUCUCUUUCAGUUCGGUACUUGGUCUUUCAUUGGGCACCACUGAGGACCGUCUGUCUCCAUCUUCUUUACCCCCUACCAGGUAUUACUAGAUAUGGAUAAAAACCCUCCCCAGCCUUCAUUUUUCCAAGCUAAACAGUCCCAGCUCUCUCAGCCUCUUCUUAUAUGACAGCUGCUCCAAUCCCUUAAUCAUCUUAGUGGCCCUUAUGGUCCUGGGAAGAGAGCAGGUUAAAGCAGCAAAGGCAGGGACACCCACGGCACUGCCUUGUGGUGCCGCCAGCUACCCGUGCCGCAGCAGGCAGCCAUGGCAUGGCAGCACCACCACUGAUGUAGCUGGGGAUUUAUGGUCCCUAGGCUAAGCAAGGUCCGUCCAUCAGCACUUCCCAGGGUUUCUAAGCGAGUCCCAGCAGGUUACAGCCUCCACAUCCUCUUUCCUCACUGGAGCAUAGCCUUUCAAGCUGGCUCAGGCAGAGCGCUCCUUGCACUAGGACACACAGGGCACAGCCAGCCUGCAGCUCCACGCUAACACUGCAUAGCAUGUUGUGGCACAAGGGGUGUCCCAGACAGGACAGCGCCUGAAAGCAACCACUUUUGGAUGAGGCUUUAUCUGCAGAUGGGAUUAUGGGAAGAGAAUAACAAGGGGACGCUUUGCUGCAUCAGUGCUUGCUUAGCAUUCUUCCACUUGCUUUGCUAGACAAACCCCAGGAGGGAAGCGCAGUGUUUCUCCCAAAGCACUGCAUCCCACCACCAGCCAUAGGCAGCAAGAGGUGUGGGAUGUGGGCCCCAGCUGGCAUACACAACUGAGGAUAAGGGCAUCCAACAGGUGGAGAGUGGCCCAGCCAUCUUAUAUAUUUUGAUUUAUUUUUUCCCUGAAUGACUCCAGGAAAUAAAACCAUUCCAGUGCCCCAGUGGCCAGAGCCAUAAAUUCAAUUCAUUCGCCUACCUGGGUGUACUCCCUGCCCUGCUGAGACCUAGCCCCAUCCUGCAGCACAAUACCACCUUCCAAGAUAAGCUGCACCUUGGCUGAGGAGGGAUAUGAGCCCGAAAGCAGCCUUCUGUCAGGGCAGACGGGGAGCUCCAGGUCAGGAUAAAAUGACUCUGCUCCUGGAACUGCAAGGAAUAAUCUCAUUAUUUAUGUGGCUUCAAGGACACCUAGGGGACACCUCCCCACACCCCAACAGAUAUAUUUAGGAAUCCAUUGUCCAGCUCGUGGCUCUGAACAGGUCUAUGCCAGCAUCACGAAGGCCUUCUGUUCCACGGACACUGCCAGGUCACUGGAAUUGCAGGACUGACAUUUUAAGUGGAAAAAACUUCAAAAAACGUCUAGUUUUCUGGACAGCACUCACUCAAAACAUCCUUGCAUCCUACUUGCAUCCUACUUGAGUUUUUUUGUUUGAGGAUCAGGGAGGAGCAGGAUGACCACUACAAAAGCCAGCUGUUUGAAAGGAGGCAGGAGACUGAAGUUCUCCCUCUGGGAGUUAAUGUCUCCUCUAGCUCUUGCACAGGAACUACACAGCUGCAGGGAGUGAACUCCCUGGGAGCUAUUCUCACAGCACCGAGGGACAGACGCAGUACUGCAGAGCGUGUUGUGCAGUAGUGUUUGUGAUUUCAAAGGAGACAGUGUGCCAGCACCACAUUUGUAAGCCAAAUCUGUGUCAACACUUAAAAACACCUCCCUCUCACACGGACGUGCUUGUGCUCAGCAGCACUGAUGGCUGUUGCAGCUACUUGCUUUUCUUGCAGGAGCUGCAGCCCGUGGGAGGGUGUCUGUGUCAUGGUUACAUUACCCAUGUGCUCUAGCUUUGGCAACACGUUCCUUUUCUCCAUUUACUGCUGCUUUCCUUUUUAAUUAAAAGAGUUGCAUACAGAUUCUGGAGCACUUUGUGGUAUUGUUUUUUUAACAGCUGAUCUCAGGGUAGUGUCCUAAGGAGCCUCUGAAGAUCAUCAGCACAAAAUAACUGAUCAGCCAAUGCGCCCUCCUCUUGGACGGCAUCAGGGCUGGUGCAGCUGCCAGGCUGUGACAGCAAGAGCACCCACCAGCCAGAAUGACCCCGAGAAGAUGCUGCCACUUUGCAAUGCCACAAGCCAUGACCAACUCUCCUGUGAGAAAUUAAGUAAAUCUUGAAACCAAACCAUUUUUAGGGGCUUUUAGUUUGGGAAUCUCCAGUUUGGGCAACCUCAGAGUUGGACCUCUCACUUCAUCCCAAGCUGGUAUGAAAUCAAGUUUCUAAGCCAUUCACAAGGGCACUUAGAAAUUCUUUGAACAGCUAGGCAGUCUGUGUUGAACCACAGCAAAGCAACAGCCUCCUCGUGAUCAUUGACUUGUUCCUCACAGGGCUGUCAGGCACAUGUGUACAGGCUUGUUCUCCAAGGACCACUCCUAGGGUGACAGCUGAGGCCACAUUUCAUACAGAGGCCAGUGUGCUCCAGGCAGUCUCUAGAACCUAAUUUAGUGCUGGUUUCAAACUCAGCGACUGUCUUCCUUACAAUGGAGCAAGGAGGGGGGGUGGUGAUUCCUGAGGGUUUGUAUAGUGUGAGGGUGAUGGAGGCAUGGAGCUAGGAAUAGCAGAGAAAGAGAGAGGUGAGCUCACCUGGGGCCUGGGUGAGGCAGUCAGGAGCUCCUCAGCUUCAGCUUUUGCAGCUCUGCUCACAGGCAAGAUGUCUCUGGGAAAGGCCUCGCUCAGACAACUUUUCUAGAAGGAGCAUCUGCCUCUACGUUUCUAAUUUGGAAAGGCUUGGAGGUUGAGUGUCAGGAACAACCACAAUUAGGACUGAAGCUGGAGGCUCGAAUCCUCCGCAAAUCAGUUCAAAAGAGCCUCCAAGUGAGAAACUCCAGGUCAAUAGGUGAGACUCCCCAGCGCCUGUUGGCACGUGGUCUGGGACACAUAUGGCAGGAGAACUCCAGGGAUAGGUGUCUGCCAGAACAACUUCUGUUUCCUAAGCAGCCACAUUCCUAUUACAAAAGACAAGUGAGCUUUGUCAUAGGAUGGCUAAAAUAAAAGGCAGAGGGAUUGUUAGCGCUCAUUUACUCCCAGCCCUGGAUGAGUAUUUAAAGGAGCACAAGAAGCAAUUUUACACAUGGCCAGUGCUGUUCUCCAUUUUGAUUCAUACGUCAACCAAGUUCUGAGCUUAAAGCAGGAUUUAUGACCAGACACAAAAGACACGCCAUUCUCCCCAAAAUUACAGCACAAGAACUGAUGGGUUGACAGCUUAGAAUAAAUGUAAAUUACUUUAAAACAAAAAAUCACACUACAGAAUCUUAUUUGCCCAGAAAUACUCUUAGCAGAUUCUCCAUGCCGUAUAGACUUAGUGUCAUUUUACAACAACCUGUCCAGGGGGUGGAGGGAAGGCAGUGGGUGCAGGGUUUUUUAGGAUUUUAGCAAAGAUUUCAUGGUCCAAUAGGAGUCAGACUCAAUGAUCCUUGUCAGUCCCUUCCUCCUCAGGAUCUUCUCUGUCUCCGUGAUUAAAAUUUCUCAUGCAAUGAAGACCCUGGAGGUCACGGUUGUGGCCUAUGCCCUGUCACCUCUCAUAAUUAAUGUCAUUUUUUGACAUUGCUUUGUAAGUAAUGUUUUUCUCCUUCAGCCAAGGCUGAAGAAAUAGAGCUACAUCCUCAUGACUCAACACAGCUUGUCCCCUCUGCCCGCUCGGUAAAUUACAGUUCCCCCACUGGAACAAACUAAUGGACCCAUCCUGGUGGCACAAACCUCAGAAGACAACGUGGGCUUUGUUGCCAACCGCCCCACAAGGAGUACUGGGGUUCACAACGCUGCCCACGGCACAGCCAUCAAUGCCCUGCUCCUUCCCCAGGACAGGGAGAGUUUGGGCAGGAGACCCUCAGAACACAGGGUCAGGAGCUGAUCUCACUCGCCUCUUGACCCAGCUCCCUCCUCACUGAGCAGCAGCCUGGCAGCCCCCUCUCCUCUCCACAAUGCAGCUCAGCAAGACAGCAGCAUUAUUCAGACUAGGAUGUAAGAGCACGGUUUACACAUUAACGUAUGCCAUGUUUGUCUGAUGGCUUCCUCACUUGCUAAGCAGGUUGGGGUAAAGCCUAGGCUGUUGAACAGCUUUUGCUCUGCCCUGCACUGACAUCUCAAGAACCAAAAAAAAAAGAAAAAAUUGGGCUAGAUUUUUAAUACCAGUUUCAACUGGAACACCCUUAUAACUCUUUAGUCCUACCACCAUGGGUUUGUGUUGAGGUUUCUUUACAUUCAGUCUUCUCUCUGAAUUCCCAGUCUCAUUGUCCUGCAGGGACUGAUAGCUGAAGUAAAAGGAGAAAAUAAAUGCAGCUUCCUUCCAGUGCAUCUUUUUUUUUCCAAACUAUUAAUAUUUUAACCAAUUACUCUAGCUCUGUUUCACAUGUUUUUAUGGUAAAAAAAUACAAAGAGGUUGCAGCAUGAGCUCAUGGAAUUCUCCCCUCCUCUCAGCUUGCCUGUCCAUCAGCCACGGGUCUGCAGCAACACUCCCAGAGAUGAGAAAGUGUGUUAAACACAGCAGAUCCAGCAACAAGAGAAACUGCAGAAAAUGAAAGACAGACGAGCCCCUGUGCUUUCUAAUACAAAUUCACACAUCUUGCUAGGGAUGCCAUGGCUAUUUCCACCUUUUGGGGGUGGCUGGAAAAUGCCAUGGUGCCAAACUUCUGCUACCUCGUUAACUUCCCUUGAAGCCCCCUAUCAAAUACCUGGCACAAGGUUUCUCAUUCAGGCUGAGAGAUUUGGGGUUCUUCAGCCGGGAGAAGGCUCCUGGGAAACAUAACAGCAGCUUCCUGGUACUGAAAGGGCGUACAGGAAAGCUGGGGAGGGGCUCUUGAUCAGGGAGUGCAGGGAUAGGAUGAUGGGGAAUGGUUUUAAGCUGAAAGGAGAUUAAAAUUGGAUAUUACAAAGAAAUUUUUCACUAUGAGGGUGGUAAAGCAUUGGCACAGGCUGCUCAGAGAAGUUGUGGAUGCCCCAUGGCCGGAGGUGUUCAAGGCCAGGUCGGAUGUGGCUUUGAGCAACCGGAUCCAGUGGAAGGUGUCCCUGACCAUGGCAGUGGGCUUGGAACAGGGUGAUCUUUAAGGUCCUUUCCAAUCCAAACCAUUCUGUGAUUCUAUGAUUCCUGCAGUGCUGCAGCUAACACAAGCAGCACACCCAGCUCGAUUACAAGCUUGGCAAGCCCAAGGCCCUUUGAAUCCACCAGGCAAAUACUGCCUAGCUCCCGUAACUUGGUAUUGGUACUUAUAAAACUGCCUUACAACUUUCCUAGUGAUUCGCUUACUGCGAUAUUGCUGACUCUGCUUCCGGCUUAAGAAAAGGUUCGGUCUUUCACCCUGCUGACCCCUUCUCAGCAUGGAGGGAUGCACAGACUUCAUAGAAUCAUAGUACAGAAUCACAGAAUUGUUUGGUUGGAAAAGAAAUUUGAGAUCACAGAGUUCAAUGGUACCUUUCCACUACUAAACCAUAUUCCUGAGCACCUGUCUACACAUCUUUUCAAUAUAUCCAGGGAUGGUGACUCCACCACUUCCCCGGGCAGCUGGUUCCAGUGUCUGAUACACUUGUGAAGAAAUUUUUCCUGAUAUCCAUGCUAUACCUUCCCUGGCAUAACUUGAGGACAUUUCCUGACAUCCUAUUGCUUGUUACUUGGGAGAAGAGACCAGCACCCGCCUUACUACAACCUCCUUUCAGGCAGUUGUAGGGAGCGAUGAGGUCUCCCCUCAGCCUGGUGGCCUGGUUCUCAUGGUGGAGAAGGCACUGGGGAGACCUUAGAGCAGCUCCCGGUACCUGGAGGGGCUCCAGGAAAGCCGGGGAAGGGCUUUUUACAAGGGCACGGAGUGAUGGGACGAGGGAGAAUGGUUUUGAAUUAGAAGAGGGAAGAUUUAGAUGAGAUAUUAGGAAGAAAUUCUUCUCUCUGAGCGUGGUGAGGCACUGGCACAGCUUGCCCAGGGAAGUCGUGGCUGUCCCAUCCCUGGAGGAGUUCGAGGCCGGUUGGGGUUUGAGCCUCUAAUGCAGUGGGAGGAGUCUCUACCCAUGGCACGGGUGGAACUGGAUAGGCUUUAGGUCCCUUCCAACCCAGACCAUCCCGUGGCUCCUCCUGCCCUUGGAGCGGAGGCCCCGCUCCUGCUGCGGCGGGCCCGAGGCUUUCCCUGACCUGAAAGGGGUGUUUUUAACUAGUGUUACACUCAAAGGACCGCGGCAGCACAGACACCAUAAUGCGUCCCUUUCCUCGCGCCACCCCGCCCCUCCCCGGCCCACGUGACCCGUGACGCAGCCACGCACGCCGGCGCCGCGUUUGAAG